AUCCAGUAACAGAAUUCAUUCCCCGUCUGUUCCCUGUUCUUCUUCCUUCUUGCUCUUCUUCUUCGUCUUCCUGGAAUUCUUCUCUUGGAUUCUCCCGUUUACCCCCUUUUUUGUGUUAUCGCGGGCAAGUACGUGACAAUUGGUAUCAGUUUGGUCGAUCCUCGGCACGCCGCCGCCGCUUUGCCUUAUUCCUGACCCAAUCCGCCUCACCGGCGUGAGAGGUCCGCUCGCUCUGUUCUUCCCGAACUCCGGCGACCACGCCCCGCCCACCGACUCCCAGUUGGCGGCGGCCACCGCAUAUCGAUGGUUAGCCCCUUCCGGCGCCGUCGACCACCCCUCACCAAGCCACUUAGGUUGUAGUAGUGGAACGAGUGCGUUCUGACCAUUCACGCAUCCUCCUCGAUCUGGCGCCACGCAAACCUACCAAGUUUGAAGCGCAGAUGGCUUCCGCCAUGGAUGAUGUCACGAAGAAGCUAGAUGGUGUUGAGUUGAUGGUGACUCAGUUGAUGGACAAGCUGACCGGCUUGGAGACCUGGAAGUCGACGACCGAUGCGGCCAUGGAGAGCCUGCUCUCUCAGGCAGAGAGCGUCGUCUCACGUCUUUAGCGCCUGGAGACCGCUCCCCUGCAACCCACUUUGCCGCGCGUCCUUCUACGGCUCCUCCUCACCCGCAGCCUCCCUGGCUGCCUCAACUGGAUCUCAACCUGGCUCCACGACAGGAGGCGCGCCAAUCUGCGCCGACCUGGGAGCGGCCCAAUGGGCACCGCGCCGCCACAAAUCACCAGGAUGGAGGCGGUGGGAUCCUUGGAUCUCAGCCGCCAUACCCGGUCACGUGUAUGAUCCCUGACCCCGCCCCCUCGCAAUUCAUGAACUCGGAGUCUUCUCGCUAUUUCAGUCCACGUCCUCCCCCUCUUCCGAAACUUGAAUUUCCCAAAUUCGAUGGUGACAAUCCUAGACUCUGGUGUGACCGCUGUGAAAUGUUUUUCGAGGUGUACUCUAUCGCGGAUCAACUGAAGACAAGAUUCGCGGCGCUGAAUUUCAAUGGCGCAGCAGCGUCGUGGUUGCAGACUGCCGAGCGCCGAGGCCGCGAACUCAAUUGGGACAAAUUAUUUCAAGUGGUGUUCGACAGGUUCGAUCAUGAUCAGUACCAGUUACAGUUGCGGCAGUUGGAUAAUCUGCGCCAGACCAGUUCAGUCUCGGAGUAUCUUGAGAAGUUUGAGCAACUAUCGCACGGUAUUCUCUUGUACAAUGAUUCUUAUGAUGAUACAUAUUUUGUUGUACAAUUCUUGGGCGGCCUGAAGGAGGACAUCAGAGCUGCAAUAGCUCUUCAUCAACCCAAGGAUGUCCAAUCUGCCAGCACUUUGGCCUUGCUUCUGGAAGAGGAAAUAGAGAAUGCUUGGAAGAAAGGAUUUGUUCGCUCCGAUCACAAAGAGAUUUCCAAGCACUCCACCAAAUCUAGUUAUUCUGAUAAAGUCAAGCUUCCUGCUAAGAAAGAGGAUUCUGACAAGGAAGGCAAAUCUGACAGAGAUGACAAGCUCUCAGCCUUGGUAGCUCACCGAAGAAAGUUGGGUUUAUGUUUCAAAUGUGGUGAGAAGUGGUCCCAUACUCAUAAGUGUCCCCAACACAUUCCUCUGCAUGUUUUAGAGGAAAUUUUGGAUGCCAUUGAACUAGCUGAGGACAGUUCUAAUGAUGAUUCUGACCCCUCUCUGGAUUCUGAAACUCCUGUCAUGGCAAUCUCAUCUACACCUGAACCCCGACAGGCUUCCAGGAAAACCAUGAAGUUGUUGGGUACCAUUGGUAAACAACAAGUGCUUAUUUUAGUAGACUCUGGAAGUAUUGGUACAUUUGUCAGUCAUGCUCUUGUGCACAAACUGAAGCUGAACUCUGAACCUUGUGCCGAAUCACAUUACAAGUCGGCUAGUGGGGGCAAUAUGGUCUGCAAUCAAAUGGUUAAGCAGCUUCCUUGGUUAGUACAAGGCCACACUUUUCUGUCAGAUGCCAAGGUACUAAAUCUUCAGUGUUAUGACAUGAUUCUCGGAGAAGACUGGCUAGAAUCUUGCAGUCCCAUGUGGGUGCAUUGGGGUAAAAAGUUGAUGAGAUUCACUCACAAGAGCAAAAGGAUUUCCCUAAAAGGAGUCACUGAUGACACAUCUAGAUGUUCAGCUGUCUCCUCAACCACGCUCCAAGGUUUGCUCAAACAUGGGGCUAUUUCAUACUGUCUCCAGUUAGUGCAUACUGAUGCUCAAUCUGAACCAGUUCGAGAUGCUACUGUCUGUUUAGUUACUGAGUCAGCCGAGUUGGACAUACAUCCAUCCAUCCAGCAAGUUAUUGAUGAUAACAUAGAUUUGUUUGUUGAGCCUACUACUUUACCACAAAGAAGGGAAGCUGACAAUCAGAUCCCUCUUCUGCCUGGUGCCCAACCAGUUUCUGUCAGGCCUUACAGGUAUUCUCCUGCUCAGAAGACAGAAAUUGAAAAUCAAGUGAAGCAAAUGUUGCAGAAUGGCAUUAUCAGAAUCAGUUCUAGCCCCUUUGCUUCCCUAGUUCUUUUGGUCAAGAAAAAAGAUGGUACUUGGCAUUUUUGUGUGGAUUAUAGACAUUUGAAUGCUAUAACUGUCAAGAACAAACAUCCCUUACCUAUUGUUGAUGAGUUGCUUGAUGAGCUGGCUGGUUCAGUAUGGUUCACCAAAUUAGAUUUUCGUUCAGGGUAUCGUCAGAUUUGCAUUGCCACUGGAGAUGAGCCCAAGACAGCUUUCAAAACACACAAUGGUCUAUAUGAGUUCUUGGUUAUGCCUUUUGGGUUGACAAAUGCACCAGCUUCUUUUCAGAGCCUGAUGAACACAAUUUUUGCUUCUUUGAUGAGAAAAUGUGUUUUGGUGUUUAUGGAUGAUAUACUGGUAUACAACAGAACUCUUGAGCAGCAUGUUCAGCAUCUGACACAAGUUUUCCAGAUUAUCAGAGACCACAAGUUUCUUAUUAAGAAGUCUAAAUGUGCUUUUGCUCAGCAGAAGAUUGAAUAUUUGGGUCAUAUCAUAUCUAGUCAAGGUGUCUCCACUGAACCUUCAAAGAUUGUAGCAGUCCAACAGUGGCCAACUCCAGUUUCCCUCAAAGAGUUGAGAGGGUUUUUGGGCCUGACAGGAUACUACAGGAAGUUUAUCAAAAACUAUGGUAUGAUUAGCAAGCCACUCAUAUUACUUCUUAAAAAAGGAACACCAUUUGUGUGGACACCUAACACUGAGCAGGCAUUCCAACUAUUGAAGCAAGCUCUCAUUCAGGCACCUGUUUUGGCUUUGCCUGAUUUCAGUAAGCAAUUUGUCCUCGAAACUGAUGCAAGUGAUGCUGGAUUUGGUGCAGUACUGAUGCAGGAAGGGCACCCAAUAGCUUAUCUGAGUAAACCUUUGAGUGGGCCCAACCAAGGUCUGUCUACCUAUGAAAAAGAAUGCAUGGCAAUAUUAUGGGCAGUUGAUAAAUGGAGAUGCUAUUUAUAGCACAGGCAAUUUGUCAUUAACACAUAUCAUAAGAGCCUGUUAUUUUUGACUGAGCAAAAGGCCACCACAAAGUUACAGCAAAAAACUGUAUUAAAACUGAUGGACCUUUCCUUCACUAUCACCUACAAACAAGGAAUCACAAAUGCUGCUGCUGAUGCACUAUCUAGGUGUCCUAAUCCUGACACACUCUGUGCUAUUUCUGAAACUACCGCCAUUUGGCUGGACAAGUUGACUGCUGGUUAUCCUGAGGACCCCCAGGCUAGUCAGUUACUACAAGACUUGGUUUUGUCCAAUGGAACAUUGAACAACUACUCUCUGCAUAAUGGAGUAAUCAAAUACAAAGGCAGAGUUUGGGUUGGAAACAAUGCUUUGGCUCAACAGCAUAUCAUGCAGGCUAUGCAUAGCAGUGGUAUAGGUGGCCACUCUGGUAUUCAGGCUACCUACUCUAGAAUCAAACAACUCUUUGCCUGGCCCAAGAUGAAAAUGUGCAUCCAGAAUUAUGUUAAGGCUUGCCAAGUCUGCCAGAAAGCUAAGGUUGAGCAUGUCAGGACACCAGGUCUCCUAGAACCACUUCCUGUGCCCACACAACUUUGGACAGUGAUCAGUUUGGAUUUCAUUGAGGGUAUUCCUCAGUCCACCAGGUACAAUACUAUUUUGGUUGUGAUAGAUAAGUUCACCAAAUAUGGUCAUUUUCUUCCACUGGCACACCCUUUUACUGCUCUUCAAGUGGCUUAACUCUAUCUAGCCAAUGUGUAUAAGCUACAUGGGUUGCCAACAACGAUCAUCUCUGAUCGGGAUAGGAUUUUCACCAGCACAGUGUGGCAAGAAUUAUUCAAGUUGAUAGAUACUCAAUUGGCUAUGAGUUCUUCCUACCACCCCCAAACAAACGGCCAAACUGAGAGACUGAAUCAAUGCUUAGAAACCUUCUUAAGAUGCACAGUCAACUCAUGUCCCAAACAAUGGAGUUAGUGGUUGCCAUUAGCUGAGUUUUGGUAUAACACAUCCCACCACUCAGCCUUGGGUCAAUCUCCUUUUGAGGUAUUUUAUGGCCACCCUCCUCGGCACUUUGGCAUUACCAAUCUUCAGUUAUGUUGAUUCGUGCUCAACAGCGUAUGAAACAUCAGGCGGAUAAGCACCGUUCAGAGCAUUCCUUUUCUAUGGGUGAUCAAGUUUAUCUCAAGCUGCAACCUUAUGUUCAGACAUCGGUGGCCAACAGAACCAAUCAGAAGCUAUCAUUUCGCUUCUUCGGUCCAUAUACAGUGCUUCAACGCAUUGGCAAUGCAGCUUACAAACUCGACUUGCCUGCUGAUGCUAAGAUUCAUCCUGUGGUGCAUGUGUCACAACUUAAGCAUCAUAUUCCUCCAGCUGCUGAGGUAAACCCAGACUUGACAUCUAUUUCCACUGAUCCAUUGGAGCUGUUGACGCCAGAGAAGGUGCUAGAUGUUCGGCUGGUGAAGAAGGGGGCUUCUACAAUCAAACAACUCCUGGUCAAAUGGUCAUUCUUGCCACAAGAGCUCGCCACUUGGGAAGAAGAAACGGAUCUCCAUCGUCGCUUUCCAAGUUCAUCAGCUUGAGGGCAAGCUGGAUUUUAACCCGGGGGGAAUGUCAUGACCCGUGAGCGGGAGGAGUUUGAAAUCGCCGUAUUGGGCCGGCACUCUUGUAUCUGGGCUUGGCCCGUUAUCUUGUAACCGCCGUUGGGCGCUAUAAGUCGGAGAACCGACAGGAAACGGAACACGAUUAUCCAGUAACAGAAUUCAUUCUCCGUCUGUUCCCCGGUUCUUCUUCCUUCUUACUCUUCUUCUUGGUCUUCCUGGAAUUCUUCUCUUGGAUUCUCCCGUAUACCCCCUUUCUCUGUGUUAUCGCGGGCAAGUACGUGACAUGCCGCCGGCCGCUAGGACGCUGCGCCAGCGCCGCACGCCCGCGGAGCGCGCGCACUGCGCAGGGCCGCACGCCCAGCAGGUGUGCCCGCACGAAAGCUGCGCGCAGGUGUUGUGCCGCCUGCAGGCCGCCGCUAGCAGGGGCCUCCCACCGGCCACCUAGGCUCCCCAGCCGCUGCUGCUGGCCUCGUGGGAGGUGCCGCUGGCAUAAAAGAUGUUCAAUUUGCACGGAGUUAGAAGGCCCUGGCGACCUAGCCUUCUCCCUAGCGACCUAGCCUUCGACUGUGGCCACCCGGCCGCCGGCUCCGGUGAGUCGGCGGCCCUCUCCCAUGCCUCCUCAUGUCAAGCUCGCUCCUUCAGUUCGUCUUGCGCUGCGCCAGUGCAAGGCCAAGGAUGGAGGUGCAACUUCCAACCCGGCAAAAGAUUGUUACUUGCUCCAGCGCGCGAAAGAGGAGAUUGAGCUUCUCUCCUGCGCUAACCUUAGGGCUUGCAUGGGGAAAUUUUGGGCAUCAAAUUCAGACUCUGAGUGUGAAGAUCUUGAAGAUGCUGAGGUGCUAGCUUCGGGCCGUCGUGAGUCUGCAGCGGCUGGUGUUUCUUCUUCGGGGCAUUCCAACGUUCAACAGGAGGCUUCAAUUCCGACGGUGACGCCUUCCUCCCAGCAAUCCAGGUCGGGUUCUCAGUCGGCGGCGCUUCAUCCGGCGGUGCCGCCGUGGAAGAAGGUGUGGAAAGGCCCUCUGCCGCCUAUGUGGAUCUCGCCGGCGAAGACAUUGGGCGACGUCAUCCAUCCGGCAUUGGCGGCGGCUGGCGGCAGGAGGGGGCAAGGACUAGCAGCGAUCCGCUAUUCCCGUCGGUCCCAAUUUCAAAUUCACCGUCCCUCUCCAAGUGAAACACCACUUCGGGUUCGGAGGCUAACCGGACUGGGCCUAGACUUCUCUUCGGGUUUGGGCUGAGGAAAGAGCCUGCGAUCGUUCGGCCUACACGUUCCUUGGUCAGACCGCUUCUCGUUCCCGAUACGCAUCUGCGGAAGACCUACGCCGCCUUCGUCAUGGUCGGCGGGGAGGGUGCUCAUGGCCGUCAUGCGCGAGGGAGAUUUGGUGCCCAUGGACGCAAUCCGUAGGGACGCGGCACUCCAGGCCGCGGUCAAGCCCCUCCGCCUGCAGGGGGUGUGGGCGCGGGACACCCGGCCGGGGGAGGCGCUGGUGGCAACCAGACCAUGCCCAGUGGAGGUCCAGGCGGUUCCCAAGGCAACAGAGGUGGCAGGCAUGGGGCGCCCCAACCUGCGACGAUCCAUACUGGCAACCCUAAUCCGCAUCGUGGUGGGGGACGUGGCCAGGGGGGUCGGGGUAGGCGUCGAGGUGCUUCGGUUGUCGACGAAGACCAGGCAAGUGGUGCUGCGUUGGUUGAUCCCGCCGGUGAUGCUGCUGAGCCGGCGGAUCGUACACAGCAGGCCAAGCAGAAGCGGAAGCGCAAGGAAGAGGCAAAUUUCAAGCUGGAUUGCACGAUUUGCGCGGAGGACCACUACACUAGCAAGUGCCCGCAGCUCAAAGGGCCUAAGCCAUCCGUUUCAUAUUGCGGAGCCACUUCCGAUGGGCUAGGUUUCUUCUGUAUUCAGGCGGCUCGACCUUUUCAUACUGUUCCUAUGGCAAGUGCAAAUGUUUUCGCUCUGAUCACUGUGGAGGAGGGUGCAGUCUCGGCUGAGUUGCUUAAGUCCGAGUUGGCAAGGGUUAUUCCGGUUCGCUGGGAUUGGGCAGUGCAGGAGCAUGGUGUUAAGGCUUUCUUAGUGCCCUUUCCUUCUAAGGUUGAGCUGGAUCGUAUGGUUGCGAUUCGCACCUUCAUUACCAAGAACAAGGAGGGAGUUCUCAUCUUCGAGGAAUUCGAUUCAGAGGUCGAGCCCAUCAAGGUACUGGACCAAGUUUGGCUUUCUGUGACGAAUGUUCCUACUCCGCUCCGUGCUUUUUUACCCCUUUGGGCUGUGGGGUCAGUGGUCGAUGCCACUCAGAAGGUGGAUAUGAAUCACCUUCGUCUUACUGGAGAGGUUCGUAUUCUGGUGGCUGUUUUCGACGUCAAAGAGAUUCCAAAAAUGGCGGAUAUCAGCAUCAAUAGAAGCAUCUAUCGAGUCUACUUCAAUGUUGAGGAAGUGGUAGAUGAUGAUCCUUUUAACCCAGAGGAUGAUGACUUACUGGGUGAUGAUGCUGACACCGGAAUGAAAUGAUGGUUCGCAAGGCGGUUUGGAUGGUAAUGGUGAUCAACACAUGUCAGAUGCCCCUCAGGAUGCAGCUCCAUAGCCUGAGGCACCUAAUGAUCAACAAACUGGUAAAAAGACCACAUGUUUUUCUCAGCAAGAAGCCGCCCUAAUUGAUGAGGUCCUUGACAAAGCUUGUGAGAGUUUACUGGAGGAAAUCAGUGUUAAGGUCAUGGUGGAGGCAAAUGGCGAGGAUAGACCCUAUUCCCCGCCAACUGAGGAGGAGUCUGUGAGGUUCCAGGCUUUGUUGGAAUCUUCUCAGCAGCUGCAUACAAGGCCCCAGGAGAGAGGUGUUGAUACUAUUGUACACUCUAGUGAUGGGAGUCUUCCCGUCGCUGCUUCUAGCUUUGUGGUGCAGGUACCUUGCGAGGUGGAGGGUUCCUUGGUUGCUGUCCUGUUGCGUGCGGACGGCGACUAGGACCUUUCUAUUGGAGACACUGCGGCAGGGGCGGUCCCCCCACUCUCGGCGGGAGAGGGAGUGCCGCUUACCACCCCUUCGCCCGCGGGUGGGAGCCAUGGGCCCCCAGUCCACUCUUCAGCGCCGGGUGGGGGCCACGAGCUCACCGCCUCUUCGACCACGCGGAUGGGCUAGGCGACCCCCGCCUCUUCUUCGUUCGCGAGUGGGGGUCAGACGCCUGACGUCAUCCCCACUUUAGCUCCUGCUGCAGCUGAUCCGAUCAAGACCACCAAAAUCCGAAGGAGCGUCAGGAAUAAGGACAAGGCGGAUGAACACACCCUACACAAAACUUCACGAGUGGCUGCAAAAGAGAACCUUGAACCAGGUCAUCUUCAGGGGAACAUAUUGAUUUCGUUUCUGGGCUCAGCUACAGCAUGAGGAGCACGCCAAGGACAUUUUCUCCAGCUUGAGCAGACUUCUUGAGACAGUUGCUCUUGAUUUAGUAAAAGGAGGGUGGAAGCAUGUCUAUCGCUUCUAAUAGUUCUGUAUCUUUUUAGAGACUAGUGUGCCCUUUUUAGUUUUUUGCAAACUUUGUUUCUUUGGCUGUGUAUGUCUUGUCAUAGAGGCCGGAUUGGUUAUUCUUUAUUUAAAAUACAUUUGAAAGUUUAAGGCAGGUAGCUAUUGCUAGGAUUGCACAUUUUGUUUUUUUUAAUCUUAGAAUUGCACACGGGAUGGAAGGAGUACUAUUUUUUUACUAUUUUAUUACACGGGCCUUUUAGAUUAGACUUCCGGGUUUAUUUUUUUCUAAAGUUUUUUUUAGUUUUAUUAUAGCUAAAAUUAAAAGAAAAAGGCUACACAGGCGGACUGCGCCCUUCCAGCACCUCCAACUAUUUAAAUAAUCACAAAGAUAUACAGGUUAACAUCAAGUUUACAAAAAAAAUAUACAGGUUAAAAAAGCUCAUGAGGAAAACACCUCCUUUAUAUAAGAGCAAAAUUGUCUUUUCCUAACUCUAUUAGUCUCCGUUAAAGCUUAUUUCGUCCAGAAAAGUAUAGGG